AUGGCUGGCCCGAGAAUUGCCUGUAUCGGAGUGAUUGGAAAAGCUGACAACCCCCUCCACAUAUCUCUAUUAUUCCCCCCAUACACGGAUGCAACGAUCGAAUUUUCCUUCCUCUUGAACUCCUGCCUUGACAUAUUUGAGAUACGACGCAAACAGACCUCCAUCGACCAGGAUCUGGGUCUACUCCAUGCGAUUGAUGAGAGAUUAGCCACUUAUGGCUGGCUCACAACUACAGGCGUGAAGUUUUUGAUUAUCGUGGACCUUUUCGGCCCGGAGAUGGCCAAUACUGGAAAGGUUGCCGGGGCCGCAGUAAGUGGCUUGAGGGAUUCUGAUCUGAAGCCGGCCUUCCGAGCCCUGCAAAGCGCGUAUAUCCAGCUCUUGCAGAACCCAUUCUAUUCACCGGACGAUCAUGUCUCGACGCCUGGAAUGGUAGCAGGUUCGGUGUUCAGUUGCCAGCCCAUAUCCAAUCCACGAUUCACAGCAGAUGUUCAGCGCAUCGGUGGAACAUGGACACCCGGAAAUUCCGGGUAG